UAGACACGCCUCUCUUGCAUGAAUGCUGUUCUUGAAAAUCCAAAGGAAAGAAAGAGCGGGGGAGUUCACUGCCUCUACUUUCUGUUUGUUUACAAAGUUUUCCUCAAUUGGGUCUUCUCCUUUCACUCAUCUCACUCCUUUUCUACUCCCUCAAGUUAGAAAAUCGGAAACAUGCAGAGCCAAAAGUGAAGAAAUUUAACUGGUCAGGCAACCUGAAAAGAGAGCAAGAAGUUUUGAAGGAUAAUGAAACUCACAGAGCUGUCUUUAGCUCCGACACAGUUUGUUCUCGAAAAAAGUACGAACAGUUCAUCAUCAGAAUCUGAAAACAACCCUUCCAGGAAGAGGAAGUUCUCCUCUGAUCAGUACCUGCCCAAGAAUGGAUCACCAAUCCAAGCAAGUGUCGACCUUCAUGUUAAAGACCCACUACCAUUGGAUUGGGAGCAAUGCCUUGAUCUUGAAUCAGGCAGAAUGUAUUAUCUGAACAGAAAAACACUGAGAAAGAGUUGGAACUGGCCCCGGAACCAAAAGCUAGACCUUGAGCUCAACAUGUCAUCAACAGUAGUUUCAAACUGUCUUGAUCAGUGCAGCAGCUCCAACAAUUCACUUGAAGCUUCUAACAAGAUCCAUGCCCCAAGCAACAGCAACAUGGUAGCUUUGGCAUGUUUGAAUUGCCAUCUUCUUGUCAUACUCUCCAAAUCCUCUCCUUCUUGCCCCAACUGCAAGUAUGUCCACUCUCUUCCAAUCCUUCAAUCCCCACUGCCAAAGGUCUCUCCCUCCAAGUCCUUGAGUACUUUAAGCCUCUUGAACUAAUGGCCUCAACUCGAGAUACAAAGUAUGAAGUCGGCAAGAGCAGAAUCAUAAAAUGAUCAUGUGAUGAAGCUAUGUAUGUGAUGAUCAGAUCGAUGUUGUACUUGUUCAUAAAGGAAAGAAAAAACGAAGUAAAUAUAAUCUAGCUAUGAAAGCUUAAUUUUCAUGUAAUCUAAUCGAUUGUUUUGAUGA